AUGUUUGGUGUAUUCUUAGCAUUCUAUCUUGCGAAUGACCAUUUCCCAGGAGCGACGCCUUUACAAUUCGCUUUCGUCGGAGGCCUCAGUUUUUCAGUUGCUUUUAUUGCAUCUCCAUUCGCCACAAUAUUAUUGCGCAAAAUAGGCUUACGGAUGACUGUCGUCACUGGUGGGCUAUUUAUAUCCGGCGCUUAUGUUGCAGCGUCUUUCUCGAAAACUAUAUGGGAACUCAUUCUCAGUCAAGGAGUUUGCUACGGCAUCGGUAUGGGAAUUUGUUAUACCGCAACUGCCGGCCUAAUUGCUAAGUGGUUCAAAAAACGGCGAGCUCUCGCAAAUGGCAUUGCAACAGGCGGUACAGGGUUUGGUGGCCUCACAUAUUCUCUAGCGGCGAACGCCAUGAUUCAACGCAUGGGAAUUGCUUGGACAUUUAGGAUUAUGGCCAUUAUAUGUUUUGUUGUGCUUAUAGCCAGUGCUCUUUUCCUAAAAGAUCUUGAUAAGGGAACAACAAAGACCACGCUCACCGCAUUCGACCGGAGUCUUUUCAAACUGCCUGACUUCUGGCUAUUCUUAGGAUGGGGAUGGCUGUCUAGUCUUGGCUAUGUUGCUGUAGUUUUCUCUCUAUCAGCUUAUGCCCAGCAAGUUGGGUUUUCUGCACAACAAGGCUCUCUGGUGUCUGCGAUGUUCAACCUUUCUACCGGUAUAGGGCGUCCGAUUAUCGGUUUCAUGGGCGACAGAUUCGGCACAAUUAGAGUAAACACACUUGGAACUUUUCUUUCAGCUCUAUUCACAUUUUUCAUAUGGAUCUUUGGCGGCAAGUCCUAUGGGGCACUCAUGGUGUAUGGGUUAUUGGGCAUGUUUCCCAGCAUUAUGUGGGCUACUUUUGCGGUUAUGACAGCGUCAAUUUUUGGUCUGCAAAAGAUGCAAGCUGUCAUAUCUCUUUCAACACUGACAUUAGCGCUCCCUUACACUUUUGCCGAGGCGAUUGCACUUAGCUUGAGGAAGCCCGGAAGAGACGGCUUUCUCGACAUACAAGUCUACGCCGGCGUGAUGUUCGUCGCGGCUACGAUUUGCUCCCUAAUUCUUACUAUCAAGAAAGGUGAACUAUACCGCAAACGAGAGGAUGAUUAG